AUGGGCAACUCGCAGGGCAAAGAGUCGCAGCCGGAGCGGAGAGGCCACGCCCGCCGCUCCAGUGCACACCAGCCCACCUCUCCGUCGGCUGCCGGUCCUGCUGCAUCAACACACGACAGGCCGGGGAACAGUCCCUAUGGCAACUCGCGGAGGGACAGAGGCAGCCGGCCAGAUCUGUCGUUCCUCGGCAUACGCACGGGAGAUAAUGCCGAACGCGACCCCGCCCUCGAACCGCGGCGAGAAACAAAGGCGGAGCGUGAGGCCCGCAAGCUGGAGAAGGAUCGUAUACUCCGGGCACAGGAACGUGAGCGGAGUUUGAAAGAGGAAGGCGUCGACGGAGGCUACUUGGUCACGCUCGGUGUCUAUACGGGACCAGAAGACUUCAGCAAGCCUAUGGUGCGGCAAUUACAGAUCGAGCGUCGACUUGCUCCCUUUUGGAGAGGUCUCGAUGACCACGAAGAUACUUGGACGGAGCAUCAGCUCGUCGAAGUCGUCAACGGCCGCCCACUGCCCGCCGCAGAUGAUAUCCCUCCCGAAGAACCGCCUCGAACGAAUACGAACAACCACCUCAGCACAGCAUGGAACCCCCGCAGCUCAGAGCCCAGUCUCAACAAGCUUACGGUGCCCAUGGGUGCUCGAUCCAUGUCCCAAGAACCGGAGCGCGGAGGCGGCCUCUCCCCUUCGAACCCUACCUUCUCCCUCCCUUCGCCUGCGUCUCCGAUCGCAAACCACUCCUCUUCCUCGCCAUUCUUCCGUGGACGCGCCAAGACACUUGCCUCCCUCGCGACCGGUUCCCGCAACGCUUCGCAGUCUGACAUGGCCCCACAGGAACUACACCUUCCCAAAGACCCGUACGUGAAUGGCCAACGGGUCGAGGCUUUUCUGUACAAGAACGCCUCCGAGUGUCCCAUCUGUUUCAUGUACUACCCACCACAUCUGAACAAGACACGGUGCUGCGAUCAGCCCAUUUGCUCGGAAUGUUUUGUCCAGAUCAAGAGACCUGACCCGCACCCCCCAGAGCAUCAUGGAGAACCCGGUGCUGAGGGCGCGCAAACUGCCGAGCCAGAGGAAGAGGUUCAGCUAGUGUCAGAGCCAGCUGCUUGUCCCUAUUGCACACAAACCGAGUUUGGAGUAACUUACGAGCCACCGCCUUUUAGGAGAGGACUCGUUUACAAUGGCCAGGGUCAUAAUGGUAUGGGUAGCGCGACAUCGGCAAUGUCUUCUACUUCGUCUUUGAACUCGCCUACUGCAGCCGGACCUGGACGAAGAAGAGCGACGUCGCUUGCAGUCACCGACAAGACUGUCAUCACAACCGACAUGGUACGGCCCGACUGGGCAAAGAAGCUGGCUGACGCAAAAUCGCAUGCUUUGCGAAGGGCUGCCGCUGCCACAGCUCUACAUAACGCAGCGUACAUGAUGGGAAACCUCCCGCAAGGAGAGAGUCGCUUCGGCCUGGGAAGACGAAGAAGGAUAUUCACUAGCGAUAGUGCCGGUAGCAGUGGACAUGGAACGCCUCGGCGCGAAGGCGAAAGCUCAUCGACUCAGCCAGGAGGUUCAAGUGACCUGUUCCCCAACCGCAUUAGCUCGAGGAGAGGCAACAGGAUUGAUGAUCUUGAGGAGCUCAUGAUGAUGGAAGCUAUACGUCUUAGUUUGGCAGCCGAAGAAGAUCGUAAGAAGAGAGACGAAAAGGACGCUGCUAAAGAAGCCAAGAAGGAGGGCAAGAAGAAGGCGAAGGAAAUCAAGAAAGUUGCCAAGGCCCAACGCAACAUUGGCAGUGGCUUUCACCCAAUAGAGAUUGACGGCCUUGACGAAACAGAAGCGAGUAGCUCUUCAGCAGCCGGUAAAGGUAAAGGAGUCGAUCGGUCUGGUGGCGCCGGAGGUUUCAAUCCCAUGUCAGAACCGACAUCGACUCUCAACACCCCUUCUACCAAGGACGACCCGCAAAAGCAUCUCGAAGCCAGCCGCGCGCAGAUUCAGCGAGAGACGUCCGAUUCUGGCAACACUACUGGUCCCUUCAAUCCUGAGAAUAGUAGCGAGCAGUCACAGCACCGCUCCGUCCUCCGCAAUAUCUCCAAUGCGUCAUCAUCCUCGUCGUCGUUCGCAGAGUCCUACCAAAACUCAUUACAACACCAAGAACACCAGAGUAACCUUGCACCUGGAUCAAAUUAUGGACACAGCUCGAAUGCGUCGGGGGUUAGUUUGGGUCAAGGCGAGACUGACACCCCACCGCAGGAUUCGACAAACAUGGAGCCCAUGUUCAACUUCCAAACUCUGACAAAGGCGAUUACGCAUGAGGAUGAGGACAAGAGUGGUAGGGCGCAGUUCAUUGAGGAUGUUGCGGAGACGACGAAAACAGAAGAGAAAUCUGCUGUGAACGGCAAAGCCGCUGAAGAGUCAAAUGGUGUAGAGGGCCAGAGUCAGACUCUAGGCUCUGCAGAGAAUCAGAGCUCCGACCCACUGACUGAGAGUACAAUGACACUCAAGCCAAAUGAGGAGACAUCGAAAGCGGGGAACGACGACGAGAUCAGUCCAGCGCCGCCUGUUCAACUUGUGUCGGACGCCUCCCAGAAUCACACGUCAAACUUUGACCAGAAGCACCUUGGCGAAGUAAGCAUGAUGCAUGAGUUGAAUCACCAGGCUACGCAGUAG